AAGCCCCCACUCCACUCUCCUCUCCUUCUUCCCCUUAAUAACAACACCGGCCAUUCCUCCUCCUCGCCUCAUCCGCCACCACGGUUUGCUUCGCCACACGCGCACAGAAACACACACACACAGAAACCGAACGCGCGUCGAUAGAAAUGGAGGAUGUGGCGGCAUCAUUGCGCCAUGUACUCGCCAAUGAUUGAUCGCCUCAUUCCCUCCUCCUCCUCCUCCUCCUCCUGAAUCCCUCCUCAUCGAUAACCGAAGCAAUGGCCAGUGGCAACAGCAGCAGCAGCAGCGGCAGCAUGGCUGCCACCGCCGGAGGUGUCGGCGGCUGGCUGGGAUUCUCGCUGUCGCCGCACAUGGCGACGUACUGCGCCGGCGGCGUCGACGAUGUCGGCCACCACCACCACCACCACGUGCACCAGCAUCAGCAGCAGCAUGGAGGUGGGCUGUUCUACAACCCUGCCGCCGUCGCCUCCUCCUUCUACUACGGCGGCGGGCAUGACGCCGUCGUCACCUCCGCGGCCGGCGGCGGAUCGUACUAUGGCGCCGGGUUCUCCUCCAUGCCGCUCAAGUCCGACGGCUCGCUCUGCAUCAUGGAGGCACUCCGGGGAGGCGACCAAGAACAGCAAGGGGUGGUGGUGUCGGCGUCGCCCAAGCUGGAGGAUUUCCUAGGCGCGGGCCCCGCCAUGGCGCUGAGCCUGGACAACUCCGCCUUCUACUACGGCGGCCACGGUCACCACCAGGGACACGCCCAGGACGGCGGCGCCGUCGGUGGCGACCCGCACCACGGCGGCGGCGGCUUCCUGCAGUGCGCUGUCAUCCCCGGCGCCGGCGCCGGCCACGACGCGGCGCUGGUGCACGACCAGUCCGCCGCGGCAGUGGCGGCCGGCUGGGCGGCGAUGCACGGCGGCGGCUACGACAUCGCCAACGCCGCCGCCGACGACGUCUGCGCCGCCGGCCCCAUCAUCCCCACCGGCGGCCACCUGCACCCUCUCACCCUGUCCAUGAGCUCGGCCGGGUCCCAGUCCAGCUGCGUCACCGUGCAGGCCGCCGCCGCCGGCGAGCCGUACAUGGCCAUGGACGCCGUGAGCAAGAAGCGCGGCGGCGCGGACCGCGCCGGGCAGAAGCAGCCGGUGCACCGCAAGUCCAUUGACACGUUCGGCCAGAGGACGUCGCAGUACAGAGGCGUCACCAGCAGGCAUAGGUGGACUGGGAGAUAUGAGGCACACCUCUGGGACAACAGCUGCAAGAAGGAAGGCCAGACCAGAAAAGGACGCCAAGUGUAUCUUGGUGGGUAUGACAUGGAGGAGAAGGCUGCCAGGGCGUAUGAUCUUGCUGCGCUCAAGUACUGGGGCCCUUCCACGCACAUCAACUUCCCGUUGGAGGACUACCAGGAGGAGCUGGAGGAGAUGAAGAACAUGAGCAGGCAGGAGUAUGUGGCUCACCUCAGAAGGAAAAGCAGUGGCUUCUCGCGUGGCGCUUCGAUCUACCGUGGAGUCACCAGGCAUCAUCAGCACGGGAGAUGGCAGGCGCGAAUCGGCCGCGUCUCGGGCAACAAGGACCUUUACUUGGGGACAUUCAGCACGCAGGAGGAGGCGGCGGAGGCGUACGACGUGGCGGCGAUCAAGUUCCGGGGGCUCAACGCCGUCACCAACUUCGACAUCACGAGGUACGACGUGGACAAGAUCCUGGAGAGCAGCACGCUCCUCCCGGGGGAGCUGGCGCGGCGCAAGGGUAAGGUCGGCGACGGCGGCGGCGCGGCGGCGGUCGCCGACGCCGCGGCCGCCUUGGUGCAGGCCGGGAACGUGGCGGAGUGGAAGAUGGCCACCGCCGCCGCGCUGCCAGCGGCGGCGAGAACGGAGCAGCAGCAGCAGCAUGGGCACGGCGGCCACCAACACCAUGACCUCCUGCCGAGCGACGCCUUCUCGGUGCUGCAGGACAUCGUGUCGACCGUGGACGCGGCGGGCGCGCCGCCGCGCGCGCCGCACAUGUCGAUGGCGGCGACGAGCCUGGGCAACUCCCGGGAGCAGAGCCCUGACAGGGGCGUCGGCGGCGGCGGCGGCGGCGGCGUCCUCGCCACGCUGUUCGCCAAGCCCGCGGCGGCGUCGAAGCUGUACAGCCCGGUGCCGCUGAACACCUGGGCCUCGCCCUCGCCGGCGGUGAGCUCGGUGCCGGCGAGGGCCGGCGUGUCCAUCGCGCACCUGCCAAUGUUCGCCGCGUGGACCGACGCAUGAGCAGCAAAGCAUCCUUGUCGUUAGGCGAGGUCCAUAGCCACUUUAGCUUAGGAAGCUGGUUAGUUAGUGGUAGAUGAGCAAGAAUUAGGGUGAAAUUCGCGAUAUGCAUAUGCGUGCGUUUGCCUCGUUCAUCACCUUCUCCAGUAGUAGAAGGGUUUUUGUAAUAUUGGGGCAAUGCAACAGCAGCAGCAUACUAGUAGAUCAGCAGAUCCUCUAUCACAGGCUCACAGCCACACUUAUUGGAGUUGGUUGGUUUUAGUGUUCUCACUUAACUUCAACAGGAACAACGUGUUGGUUUUGCAAAGCCGAACU